AUUCUUUUAUGUGCAUAUUUAUGGGCAUAGCGGGGUCCUGUCCCGCCUAUAUGAUAUGACAUACUCUCCUUAGAGGCUCGUAGACAUGUGUAUGUGGGUAAAUGUGUUUGGCCUUGUCGGCCUAUAUUUUGGAUAUCAUUUUGUUAGUCUCGUCUCUGUACAUUGUUGUGGGCAUAGUUGUGAUGAUGAUAUAAAUGUAUUGUUGCCCAAUGGAAAUAGUAUGAAUGAGGAAUAAAAGUAUGAUUUAGCUAUGUGGCUCACCUAGAUGUAAAUGUGAAAGUAUGAUAAAAGGUGCCCGGGUGGGUUAGUACCUGGUGCCCGUCGCGGCCCUCCGGUCGGGUCGUGACAAAAGUGGUAUCAGAGCAGUUUUGUCCUAGGGUGUGUCUGAGCCGUGUUCAGUAGAGUCUUGGUUGUGGGUGUGUUGCGCGCCACAAUUAUAAACAAAAGGCUGCGAGCAUUUUAGGAAUGAAUGACCUUCUUUCUUCAUAAGAUCGUGCGAUAGAACUAUGAUAUAAGAACUACCUUCUCCUUAACCGUGUGUUAUGUAUUUCAGAAAUGUCUGUAAAGAGAAAGGCUACGGCAACCCAAAAGGGCAAGACAGUGGCAGAAAAGCGGGCUGAAAGAGCACCGCCAACUAUUGUAGAGGAAAGUGAGUCCCAGAAUGCGGCUUAAUCUCAGUCCUCCCAUUCAGUGCCUAUUUCUGAAGAGUGUGAGAGAGCCUCAGCCCCAGCUCCAGCACCUCCGGCUCCUCCACCGGAUGCUUCAGGCCAAGAUGUGAGAGAGGUCAUUAUUUGCUUACUCAAUUGGUUGCUACCCAGAUUCAGCGGCAAAGUACAGGGCUGUUAGUGCAAGGACCCGUGAUUUUAUUAGCUUGAACCCUCCGGAAUUCUUUGGAUCAAAGCCGGAUGAGGACCCUCAAAAUUUUAUUGAUGGAAUGUUGAGGACACUUCGGUUGAUACAUGUUUCGGACACCGAAUUGGUGGAGUUAGCAUCCUAUAGACUGAGGGAUGUUGCGGUUCAUUGGUACACGGUUUGGAUGGCUUCACGGGGAGCCAAUGUGCCUCCCCCGGUAUGGCAAGAAUUUAUAGAUGCUUUCUUCCGACAUUACCUGCCUCCAGAAGUUCGGCGAGCUAGAGCCGAUAAGUUCUUGAAUUUGAGGCAAGGAACCAUGAGUGCUUUAGAGUAUAGUCUCUACUUCAAUUCCUUGGCUAGGUAUGCUUCGGCCAUGGUAGCGGAUAUGGGUGACCGAGUGCACCGAUUUGUGAAAGGCCUAGGGCCACAUUUGAUGGAUAGGUGCUUGACUACGUGCCUUCAGGACAAUAUGGAUAUUUCACGCAUUCAAGCCCAUGCUCAAAAUUUAGAAGAAAGCCUACAACAACAAAGAAGUGAGCGUGAGCAUGAUAGAGGGUAUAACAAGAGGGCUAGAUCAUUGGGUCCGAUGAGUGAGUAUAGAGGCGGGCACAAACAGCAGUUUUUGAGGCAUUCAGGCCAUUCUAUGACUAGUGCGCCUCCACGGUUUUCAGGCCAGAGAUUUGAUAGGUCUACUCAUUCUGGGCCAAGUCAGAGCUUUUCGGGAUCUCAGUUCAGGGGUGAUGCGGGUCAGGCGAGGCCACCCGUGCCACGAUGUUCCCAGUGUGGGAAGUUACAUUGGGGUCAGUGCCGAUUGGGUUUAGAGGUUUGCUAUUCAUGUGGUCGACCAGGCCAUAUUAUGCGUGAUUGCCCCUCAGUUGGUGGUAGAGGUAGGACACAGCCUUCAGGGUCGGUAGCCGGAUCUUCGUCAUCUAUAUGCCCUAUGAGGCCAGGUUCACAUGCGUCGGUCGGCCAUGGUAGAGGCAGAGGGAGAGUCCCCAGUUCUAGCGGUCCUCAGCACCAUAUUUAUGCUUUGGCUGGACGCCAAGAUCUUGAGUUUUCUCCUGAUGUGGUCACAGGUAUAUUAUCGAUAUUUUCUCAUGAUGUAUAUGCUUUGAUAGAUCCGGGCUCCACAUUGUCAUAUGUUACUCCGUAUAUUGCGGGUCGGCUUAAAGCCAAACCGGAGUCGAUCAAACCUUUUGAGGUGUUUACACCCGUUGGUGAAUCGGUAAUAGCUAGCCGAGUAUAUAGAAACUGCAUAGUUGUGAUUUGUGACCGUCGUACUAUCAUUGACUUGCAUGAGUUAAAAAUGGUGGAUUUUGAUGUUAUUAUGGGCAUGGAUUGGUUGGCUUCUUGUUAUGCCAAUGUUGAUUGUAGAAUGAAAAUGAUUCGUUUUCAAUUUUCGGGAGAACCAGUUUUAGAAUGGAAAGGGAAUAUUGCGUCACCAAAAGGUAGGUUUAUUUCCUAUCUUAAAGCAAGGAAAAUGAUCACAAAAGGUUGCAUUUAUCAUCUAGUGCGGGUUCAAGAUGUAGAAGCUGAACCGCCAACUCUUCAGUCAGUCCACGUGGUGAAUAAAUUUUCGGAUGUGUUUCCGGAAGAGCUACCAGGCCUCCCUCCCGAGCGGGAGAUUGAUUUUGCUAUUGAUGUGUUGCCAGACACCAAGCCUAUAUCUAUUCCACCCUAUAGAAUGGCUCCCGCAGAGUUGAAAGAGUUGAAGGACCAAUUGAAAGACUUGCUUGAGAAAGGCUUUAUUAGGCCUAGUUCAUCCCCGUGGGGAGCACCCGUAUUGUUUGUCCAAAAGAAAGAUGGCCCCUUGCGAAUGUGCAUUGACUAUCGGCAACUGAAUAAGGUGACGAUUAAGAAUAAAUAUCCUCUUUCGAGGAUUGAUAACUUAUUUGACCAAUUACAAGGCGCCAAAUGGUUUUCGAAGAUAGAUUUGAGAUCCGGGUAUCAUCAAGUGAGAGUUAGGGAGAAAGAUAUCCCUAAGACAACCUUCAGAACAAGAUAUGACCAUUUUGAGUUCCGCGUGAUGUCAUUUGGACUAACUAAUGCACCGGCAGUAUUUAUGGAUUUGAUGAACGAUGUGUUCAGGCCCUUCCUAGAUUUAUUUGUGAUUGUAUUCAUUGAUGAUAUCUUGGUGUAUUCUAGAUCCGAGGCAGAACAUGCGGAUCAUUUGCGUACUGUCCUUAGAGUUCUUCAAACUCGAGAGUUGUUUGCAAAAUUUUCUAAGUGUGAGUCUUGGUUGAACUCAGUGACAUUUUUGGGGCACAUUGUUUCAGCCGAUGGUAUUCGGGUAGAUAGCCAAAAGAUUGAGGCCGUGAAGUCAAUCUACAACUCCUACGGAGGUUCGCAGCUUUCUGUGCUUAGCAGGUUAUUACAGGAGAUUUAUAGAAGGAUUUUCUUUUAUUUCUGCACCACUCACAAAGCUGACCCAGAAAUCAGCAAAGUUUCAAUGGACAGAUGCUUGUUUUGUGAACGUAGUUUCCAAGAGCUAAAAGAUAGAUUGACUUCUACCCCAGUCCUGACACUUCCAGAGGGAUUGGAAGGUUAUGUUGUUUAUUGCGAUGCUUCAGGCAUUAGGCUAGGCUGUGUGUUGAUGCAACAUGGUAAUGUGAUUGCGUAUGCUUCAAGGCAAUUACGAAAACAUGAGAAAAAUUAUUCAACCCAUGACCUUGAAUUGGCUGCAGUGAUUCAUGCAUUAAAGAUGUGGAGACAUUACUUGUAUGGUGUUCAUGUGGAUAUUUACACAGGUCAUAAGAGCCUUCAGUAUAUCUUCAAGCAGAAAGAGUUGAAUUUGCGGCAACGACAAUGGUUGCAAUUGCUAAAAGAUUAUGAUGUCGAUAUUCUGUAUCAUCCCGGAAAGGCAAAUGUUGUGGCUGAUGCUCUUAGCCGUAGAUCCAUGGAAAGUUUGUGUGAUGUACGACCAGAGAAAAGAGAAAUGACUCGUGAGCUCCAGCAGUUAGCUAGCCUAGGAGUUCGAGUAGUGGACUCAGGUAGCAAGGGAACUACCAUUCAGAAUUCAGCAGUCUUGUCGCUAGUAGUGGAAGUGAAAGAGCGACAAUACGAAGAUCCCAUGCUAAUGCAUUACAGAGAUACACUCCUCAGAAGGAGAAGUCAUCAUUUGAGAUUGCAGGAGACGGAGUUCUCCGAUGUCGAGGCAGAUUAUGUGUUCCUGAAGUCCUUCCAAGAGGGUUUGGGGACGAGUGAGCCUUAGCACGACAUUUCACCCACAGACCGAUGGACAAGCUGAACGUACUAUUCAGACUCUUGAGGAUAUGUUACGGGCAUGUAUGUUGGAUUUCGGAGGAAAUUGGGAUGAUCACUUACCCCUUAUUGAAUUUGCUUAUAAUAAUAGUUAUCAUUCUAGCAUCCAAAUGGCACCGUAUGAGGCUUUAUAUGGGCGAAAGUGUAGAUCCCCAAUUGGUUGGUUUGAAGCAGGAGAGACUAAAUUAAUAGGGCCAGACUUGGUCCAGCAAGCCAUAGAAAAAGUUAAGCUCAUACAAGGUCGACUAUUAGCAGCCCAAAGUCGUCAAAAGUCCUAUGCGGAUAAUCGUCGAAGGGACUUAGAGUUCCAAGUUAAAGAUUGAGUAUUCUUAAAGGUGUCGCCGAUGAAGGGCGUUAUGAUAUUUGGCAAAAAGGGAAAGUUAAGUCCCCGAUACAUUGGGCCUUAUGAGAUUGUGCGCAAGGUAGGCAAAGUGGCUUACAAGUUAGAUCUACCUCUUGAUCUGGAGUCAGUUCACCCAGUCUUUCAUGUCUCGAUGCUUCGUAAAUGUGUUGGAGAUCCUAUUAGGAUCGUGCCAGUAAAUGAUGUUCAAGUGACAGAAGAGCUCACUUAUGAAGAGGUACCCAUUGCCAUAUUAGAUAGGCAAGUACGGAGGCUUAGAAACAAAGAAGUGGCCUCAGUUAAGGUUUUGUGGAGAAACAAUAACCGAGAAGAAAUGACAUGGGAAGCGGAAGAAAUUAUGAAAUCCAAGUACCCGCACUUAUUUCAGCCCCCGGAAGGGAUCCAAGAUGAGACAUCAAGAUCAUAAGGUAUGUAUGUUUUCCUUUUUAUGCAUUUGGGUCGUGUGUGGCCAAACUCUAUUGCUAUUAUGUUGUGGCCCUGUAAGGCAUUGUUAUUAUGGGCUGUUGUGACAGGAUGGUAGUGCCAUAUUACAGGGGAAACUUUGGCAAAAUUUUUAUAGAAUCCCCAAGGACUUUAACAUUCGAGGACGAAUGUUCUUAAGGGGGGAAAAAUGUUACACCUUGGAAAAUUUUCCGUUGAUGCACAGUGAAUAGACUAACGAAGAGCACGAAGUAUAUGGUAUUUCAAUAAUUAAGGAAUGACAUUUGAUGACCCUAAUUAAGAUUUCAAAGACAUUCGAGGUAGGGGGAGAAAGUUUGCCAAGAGAAGGCAAGGCAUACGAUAUGUAUCGGAAAUGAUUUACGAGUAACAAGUUAAUGAUGAUUUAAUGAUGCUUUGGAGAAGAGUUAUAACGUCCCUUAGAUCGUUAAUGAGGUGAUAAAAAAGUGUCAAGAAGGUUCCAUAAGGAUUGGAGAUCAAACGAGUCGACGAGAAUAAAUUCGGAAGGACUGGGCAUUAUACGGCCCAACAUACUGGCCGUAUAAAUUAUACUGGCCGUAUGUUUGGUCGUAUAAUCAGCCCAGAUUAGCACCCCUCACUGGACCAAAAGUACGACCAAACAUACGAUCAGUAUAAUUUAUACGGACCGUAUGUUGGUCCGUGAAAUCCAAGCGGGACAGAUUUUGUAUUAUUAAUAAAGGGUCCAAGUUUAUUUCAUUUCAUUUCCCCUUCACUCCCCUUCUCUCUAGAACGUUUCUCUACACUUCUCCCACAAGAAUUCAAGGGAUAUUAGUGAAUAACUUCAUCAAACCAAGAGAAUCAAGUGUAAGAAACCUAUCAAAGUUCAUCCAAGACAAGGAAUCCAAGUGAAGGUGAAACUAGGGUUUUGCUCAAGUGAAUUGUUUCCACCCAAGGUUCAUUCCUACACCACCUAAGGUAAGUUUUAUGGUAUUUCCAUGUUUUUUAAGGUAUUGAGAAGUUAAAACACUUGGAUUGUAGAAGUAUAUAGAAAAUGGGUCAUGAAUGUGGGAAUAGUGUCAUUUUUUAGUAAUAGCUUGGAUUGAGUCAUUAUUCUUGAUGUGUUGUGAUUAUGGUUAUGUUAUAAAUGAUGUUAAGAACAUGGGAUAGACAUUGUAUAUGAAUGAAUGUAAUCGUGUGCUAUGACCAUGGAUAUGAAUAAUUGGAAGUGAAUUGAGAAGUAAGGAUAAUGUAUGUGAAUAAAGAGUAUUGUUAUGAUAUUGUGAAUGUUAUUAUUGAUGUUUGGGAGUUGAUAUAUGAUAUGGAGGAAGUCGUAUAAAUAAAGGAGAUGCUGUCCAAUUUUCUUUAGCUUUAGUCAUGUAUGCUAAGCUAUCGAUUUUCUAAUGAUAGUAUAACUCUAAUGAAGGUAGAAACGUGAGCAUUGAAGGAGAACGUGCAAGUGAUAUAAUAGUUGAACGGAAAGGUGGCCAGGGAGACAGACUUGAUCCAUAGCUUUAUUACUCAGGGACUACAUAGCGGAGCUCCAUUUCAUUCGGAGCUAUAGCUUUUGCAUCUUAGAAGACCAAGUUAAGACACACAUAUCGAAACUUACCUAGGUGCAAGACAACCAUAGAAGGCAAAAGUUUAGGACAUCGACUCUUUCGAGCAAGGUCUAAAACUAUCACACUUGAAGGGCACAAAAGUGACAGACCAGGCUGUAGAAUACAUUAUAGCAGGACAAAAACAAGGUGACAUGCUGCUUCCAGUGCCCGAAGGAGCUUUUGCUGUUAGGCUUGUGGAAGACGCAUCCAUCAAGACCAGAGUCGUGAAUGUGACUAAGGGAACUUUCUACUCUCUAUCCUUCAACUUUGCUGGGACACCAAGAUUGCUUACAACAGAACGGUUCUUUAAAGUGAGUUUCUUAAGGAGGAAGGACGAACAUCACUUUGAUUUUAACAGGUUUCCGUCACGUAUUUGGCAUUUCAAGUGGAAGAUUGCUUUUGAUGGAUGUAAAUGGACUUGCAUGACCAUUAAAAGACAUAUUUGGGUUCUUUUCUCGUGUCUGUGUAAUUGUAAAUGGAGUGAGGAGUAACUUUUAACUUUCUGUUCUACAUAUUGCUAUAGUUCAUUCCGGGGUUGUUCACACCCCUUAUUAAGAGACUUAGUUUUCCUACUUGACAAUGUAAAGCACGAGCCAUACUGAUCUAGUAUAUAUAUAUAUAUAUAUAUAUAUAUAUAUAUAUAUUGCCUAAUGCAUAUGCAGCCCCCUAAACUUGUCCUUUUUUUAUUUUGACACCUCAACUAAGUGUUGUUCCUAUUGAACCCCUGAAUUUAGCUUCAAGUGCGUCUUUCAAACACAAUCCGACUUACAUAGCAUAUAUAGUGAGUUUCAUUUUUUUUAGUUUUGGGCGUGAAUGUCAAUUGCUUCCUACGUGAAAAAUUCAACCAAUAAAAACAUCCCACCUAUUUUAAUUAUACACAUUAGAUAGGAAGAAGUGUGCUAUUAUGUUAUACAAGUGAAGAACCACAACCUAAACGAAUCUAAUAACAAAACUGAAAAUAAGAAAUCAAAAUUGGAAAAUAAAAACCCAAAACUGGAAAAUGAAAAACUAAAAAAUAAGAAACCAAAACUGAAAACUAAAAAGCCAAAACCAAAACUUAAUAUUUGAUAUGUAUAAUUAAAAUGA